CCUGGCAAUUGAGCAAUGAGAGAUCAGUGCAUACUGUACUGUACGCUGAGGAGUGAAGGAACCACUCGAACGGAAGUGCUGUUAGCAUAGUGAUUGAAGCGGAGGGGACUGAUGAUAGGCCCGACAUGGUCGACCUGGUUUUCACCCGGAUCUCCCAGGAUAGACAGAUGCGUGCAACACGCGCAUGUGUAAACCCCGCUGGGACUGGCACCAAGACGACACUACACAUCACCACAGCUAAGGGAAUUUACUAGAAGGAGGGAAAACUAGAUCUCUAUUCUAGCUGAAGCAAGAAACAGUAAGACAACAGAGGCGGCAGGAUGUUGGUGGAACUGUUACUGUUGGUAGCGCUGUUCUUCCUGCUGUGGAGGUUCUUCAAGAAGACUGACGGAAUGCCCCCGGGACGCUGGGGACUUCCUCUGAUUGGCUACAUCCCACUGACAAGGAAAAGCAUACACAAUCAGCUAUUCGACCUACACAAGAAGUUCGGCGACAUAUAUGUAUGGAGAUUCGGGACGCAGGUAAUGGUGAUUCUCCAUGACUACCAGCUAAACAAGGACGCUUUUACCAGUCAGGACUUCCUCGACAGACCUCCCUGGAAUUUUUUUCGGUAUGGGGAAGAAGCUGCCAACGGUGUGAUAGCAUCUGGCGGGUCUCUGUGGCAGAAUAACCGGCGCUUCGUUCUGCGUCAACUGCGGGACCUGGGGAUGGGUAAGUCCAGGAUGGUGGCAGCAGUGCAGUGGCAGGGUACACAGUUGGUGCAGCAGCUCAAGAACCAAGCAGGAAGACCAGCACCAUUGCCUCACGCCCUUGAAGUCACUAUUGUUAACGUCAUCUGGCAGAUGGUCGCUGGUGAGUAA